AUGGAUCCUCGAUACGCAAGCAUCUACCUAAUGUGUGCCUUGUUGAGAACUGGCGUCUCCUCGGGUCUGGGCAAGUCGCUUGCUUUAGAAGUUCUCAGGGCCGGCUAUAAGGUGACUGGAACCACAUGCGACGUCGCCAGUGUUGAAACCGCCUAUCCUGAUUCCUUGACCAAAGGCGGCAUCUGGAUGGAGUUUGAUCCUGCUAGAAAGGAUUCCUAUGAUCAAUUCGCCAAGUGCUCUGAAGAACAAAAUGUUGAUGUUCUGGUCAACAACGCAGGCUAUGCUUUCAUCGGUGGUGUCGAAGAUACUAGGUUAUUCGUGAUCAAGUGGAAGUCAAUUUUUAUGGACCUCUUCGCACUGUCCGAGCCUGUCUCCCAGUCAUGCGUGCAAAAAGCUCCGGUCACAUCCAUUCUAAUUAGUACCCGGCCUGCACGAGGUACCUAUUCUGCCAGUAAAUUUGCCAUCGAAGCUAUACACGAGUCGCUUUCCUGUGAGAUCAAGAUUCUUGGUAUCAGAGUCCUCAUAGUGGGGCCGGGUGCUCGGAUUAUCACUCCUGCCCAGUUUGAGAAUGGCUUCAGUGAGGGUUACAAGGGUACCUUGGUCAAGAUAAUAGUUGCUGGGACUCGACAGAUUUUGUCGGUUCCAGACUUUGUUAAAAGAGACCCUAAUAAAAUAGCACGGGAAAUCGUCGAGGCUACCAUCAUGGAUUAUGAUUAUCUUCAUCUGCCCCUGGGAAAGGACUGUGCAGUUGCAUUGGAGUCUAAGAUUGGGGAUCUACAGCAAGACCUGGAGGCUACCAGACUCAUCGCAACAGAGAAAUGGGUUCCGUCCGUCAUACAGUAAACCCUCGCUAUAAGCAAUUAAAUCAGACCGCUUGCUAAAUUCCUUAUAGCGGGGUAUUCCUUAUAGCGAAUUUGGUCGACAGCACUGUUAUAUUAUAUAUAUAAAUCUAAAUGAUACAGUAAAUACAGCUUCCACUCAUGAAAAAAAGGUCCGAAUAUCAGUCUGGUGUACAAUUCGCAUUUACCAGACCGUCGCCGUUUUCGGCAACUCCCCUGUUUGGGUUUAGCGCCGGUGUCUCGCGCACCCGAUGAGGUUUAGUGUAUACCCUAUUAGGUUUAGCCUAACACACUAUACUCUGAGGGGAAC